UUAAAUAAAACAUUUCCUUUCCUUCUUCGAGAACAAUAUAUAUUUUUUGUCCUGCGUCAUUUGAAAAAACCAAAAACCUUACUACUACAAACGUGUCAUUUCCUUGUUUUAUAUAUAUAGGCUGGCCAAGCCUGUGUGAAAAAUUGCUCUAGUUUGAAAACGUAAUCAGUAAACACUGUUGAAACAGAGAGCGAGAGAGCGAGAAGGGUAUGACUAACACACUGACUUCCUCCUGGCAUGUACAGAGUACAGCGUGGAGCUGUGUGUAAUAUCUCUCCUCUCACUCAGCAGCGUGCUGACCUAGCUGUGACAUGAGCAGCUUCAGCGGUGACGUCAGGGCCGGCAGUCAGUCGGGAUAGGUCCCUCUCUCUGUGUGUGUGUGUGUCGUCCCACCUGAUUGAGCAGCCACCGUGCCCUGUUGUAGGUGUCCCAUUGUCGGGUUGGAAAAACAAAAAAACAACAAGCCCAGCGAUCGAGUGACAGACAAACAGAAUGAGAGAGUCGCAGUAUGUGAGAGUGGAGAUACGGCAGUGAAUUGUGUAGUGGAGACACUACGACCAUAGAGCACACACUCACACACAGAUGAACGAGAAACCCACUGUUUGCUGGAUACAUUAGGCAGUGGCAAUGAAUUUCUUAAAGCGGGCUAUAAUGCGGACGACGGAGGGGAGUAGUCGUCAGCUGAGUCCCUCACCCCCCGAGAACCGCACCUCCUGCAGACCAACCUCUUGUAUUAGACCCUCGGGGAAACAGAUGAUCCCCUCGGAUUCCAUUACAGUGAACAAAACACUAGGGGAAGGAGAGUUUGGUGUUGUCCAGCAAGGAGUCUGGGUGACAGAGGAAGGAGAUAAGGUUCAGGUUGCAAUAAAGAGUUUGAGUCGUGAGAAGCUGGAGAAUGGCACCGAGGAGUUUUUGAAGGAAGCGGCGAUCCAGCAGAGUAUAGACAACGAGAACAUCGUCCGUCUGUUUGGUGUUGUCAUCGACAAGGAGAACACGUUGAUGCUGAUUACAGAGCUAGCAGCCAUGAGAUCUCUACUGGAAUGCCUCAAAGAACCGUCACUGCGUCUGGACUUCCCGAUUCCGCGUCUUUGUGACUUUGCUCAACAGAUCUGUGAUGGCAUGGCCUAUCUCGAGAGUAAACGUCUCAUUCACAGAGAUCUGGCCGCCCGCAAUAUUUUAGUCUUCAAUAAAAAUAGGGUGAAAAUCAGCGACUUCGGCCUGUCAAGAGCGCUUGGCGUUGGCAAAGAUUACUAUCAGAGUAAUUUUAGCAUCAACCUCAAACUGCCUAUAGCAUGGUGUGCCCCGGAAUGCAUCAACUACCUGAAGUUCACGUCUGCCAGUGAUGUCUGGUCGUUUGGCGUUGUGCUGUGGGAGAUGUUCACGUAUGGCUGGCAGCCCUGGGCCGGGCUCAGCGGGCAGCAGGAUGCAGCAAAGAAAAUUCUGGAAGCUAUUGACAUGCCCGACCCCCAGAUUCUGGAACAGCCCGACCUGUGUCCCAAGGAGUACUACUGUCUGAUGAAGAAGUGCUGGGAGUACGAACCCGAAGACAGACCCAUGUUCAGUCAGAUCUUUCUACGACUACCCCAGAUUAGACCGGUUCUGCUGAAAGCUGUGAAGACGUAUCCGGGUGUCACGGUCGACAAGGGUCACCUGUAUUACAAAUCCUACGAUAUUAUUGUCACGUUGGACAAAAGCCCCACGGAUCCCCCAAGUCCCGGGAUGUGGAAAGGAGCACUGAACAGUGGCAAGUACGGUUUCUUCGACCCCACCAACAGCGUUCCCUUCAUUGAACCGAAAACCAGCCCUGUCUGGCUGCCAAAAACAAAUCUCACUAGAAAAGAAUCGGGCCGGAAGUCUGGUCGUAAGAUCCGCUCGGACAUGAUCAGUCGGCCACAGAACGACCUCCGACACACCGGCCACAUUGGCUAUGAUGGGGCCAUGUUCGGUGACGUUGCCUUCAUCGGCGAAGCUUUCGAAAAGUUACCAACUCGAGUCUCAGGGAAAGGAGGAGAACACAGCGUGGGAUCGUCCAUGUCAUCAAUACCCGGCUACAACGACCACCACGACGGCUAUUCAGCGUCCAACGGCUACGGCCACUCUUGGAUAAGUCAGGAGUCUCUAGACAGUAACGCAACCCCCGGGUCGGAGACCGGCAGACAGACUCCUCCGUACCAGGACAUCGACGACGAUUCACUCUUCAGCGACUUCAAAAUACCUGAUCUGGAUUCUCUUGAUUUCGGACCCUCCUUCAUGGACGAAGUCCUCCGUGCGUUGGACGAGAAGGAGAAGAAACUAGAAAACAGACAGGAGAAAACGCCAACAAACGGCAACACCAACGGUUUUGACGAGGAGCCGUCCCUGAGAGAGAGACGAUCGCAGUCGCCUGGGCCCGCGGAGGCCAAGACUUCCCUGCCACCUCUACCCACCAACCCACCUCGUGUGGAGCCACGCAAGUCUAGUUAUUCUGAACCCAAGAAGCAGGCUAAAGUGAAACCCAUGUCGGCAUCGGAGGCUAAGAUGAUGGAAUCGGCAAUAGCGCUUGCCAACGAGUUUGCUGAGAAGUCCACGCGGAGUAACAUGAAUUGUGACAGCCCACCUCAGUCGCCCACCACCAAGUCGGAAAAGAUUCGCAGUGAUUCUGAGAGCAGUGGAGACUCCACGAACAUUAUGUCCAAGUUGAAACUGUCGAUGAAACGCAGUCCGAAAGUGGAGCGUAAGAGAACGUUUUCCGAUGAUUUAGAUAACAAACGUGAUAUCGAUGAUGAGCUUCCCCCAGAGGCGCAGGAGGCAUACAAUGUGCUUGUGGUUCGUGGACCAAGGGGCGAAAAGGAGAAUUCGCCGAAACGUCAGACUCCAGAGAGAUCAUCUGCUUCUCCACGCGGUUCGUCGACGUUCGGUGAAACAUCGGUCGCAGCUCGAGUGGCAUCAAUUUCAAACGACCGGUCGUCAGUGUCCCCGCGGUCAUCAGUGUCUCCACGAUCGUCGGUGUCGGAGAAACAUUUUGUGUCGAACAAUAAUGUAACGAGCAGCUCAGAAACUGUUAAAAGUGCUUCCGAAAUGCAUAUAAGUUCACCAAGACCCAUCCCCCCUAAGCCCGUCCCCAGGCCUCGAGUGGACACAAAGAAGUCGGAGAUACCCGUGCCCCGACCUCGGCCCGAGGUUCACCGCGUGGAGCCCAUCCGACAGAUCAGUCAGACCAGGGAGGUUAGUCCAGCGGAGACCACUAAGAUAGAAAGCACCAAGAUAGAAAGUACCAAGAUAGAAAGUAGCAUCUCUAUAUCGUCAUCGGUGACGAGGGACAAGAGGGACAGUCCGCCAGAGAAGCCAAAGAACCGCGAGGAGUUGAAAAAGACAAUCGAGAUUGUUCGCGAGAGCUCGCCGAAGGUCGACGAGAAGACGAGCGAAGAUUCGGUCAACUCGUCGUCUUCGUCGCGAGCCGAAUCGGAAACAAAAGAAAGUGAGUUGAUUGCUUCGUCGCUGUUCGCAGAUGACUUCAGCGAGCCGUCUCCCCGCGAGAUCAUGUCGAAACUGGCACGCGAGAGUCGAAUCCGGCGCUCGCUGGACCACCAGAGGGGAAUCCUUGGAGGUGGGAUGGGCGACUCGGCCGAGACACAGAAGAGAAACCUGCGGGAGCCGUCGGGGAUUCCCGUGAAGAGCCUGCCAUCCCCGACCGUGGAGGAAGAGGAGGUGGACACAAACCCGCUGCGGAUGCUGCGCGGCGGAGCCAUCCCGAUACGGGCGAGCCACGGCGCCGUAGGUACGAACAACAAAUCUUCUCUUAGAUACCCUAAGCUAAACUUUACUACUACCCAUGUUCAAUUGCAGCGUCAGUUGAGUGAGCCGCAGUGCAACGGAUGGCACGAGCCAGCAACGACUGAAGCAGAAGUAGAAGCAGCACCGGCGGUCCCACCCAGGACGUACAGCAGUAGUCUGAGCAGCAGCAAGCCCGCCAACCCUCUCCCCCUCCCUCCCAGAAAGCCCGUCUUUUCUGGGACGCUGAACGCAAAACCCUGGGAGAGGAGGUUCCCUCUUUCGGUUAAUAAGGACGAUUCACGUCGCAUGCCCCCUAUUUCAAGACACCUCUCCUGCCCCCCACUGUCCAUGUGUGAGUCUGUGCAUGAUUGUGCCCCCCACCUCCCGCCCCCGCCGCCUCCCCCCUUAGACAAAGACUUCGAAACGGAGGAGGAAGAUGAUAGUGUCUUCCAUUCGGAGCCGCCACCACCACCGCUGCCACCAUCACUAAAUCACUCCUCGUCGGCUCUCACCAGUGGGGCCGACCUCAAGGUCAUUCUCCCACCGCAGGGGAAGCUGUGCAUUAGUAAAGUUAAGUGCAGUCUUGAACAGUUGGGCUUCUUUGACCACCAGGACCCGUUCUGGGUGCAGACGGUGCUGCUGCCAGAACCGAACGUGUCUGAGAGUUCGGACGAGGUUUCGCCACUUCUGCUCACUAGCUACAAGAACUCUGAGAGUGUCAGCUAUGAGGACUUGCUAGACAUUGCACUCGAUAGGGAGAAGAAUUGUGAAGAGGUAGAGACGUUGCAAAAUAUUUUUUCAAAUGAGUUGAGUAUAGCGGAAUGUAUGCGUGUGUUAGAGCUCACUCAGUGGGACAUUCAAAAAGCCAUCAAAUACGUCAAACUCAAACAGCUGCUGAGCACGGAACUGGGCGACGUUCGGCGCUGCAAGGAGGCGCUCAUAGCCAGCGGGUGGGACGUGAGGCGGGCGGCCGAACACUUGAUACGAAACCCCGCACCUAGUCCCGACACCGUUGACGUCUGACCGCACGCCCGGCUGUGUUACUCUUAGAAACCUUGAAAAGUGCUUUCAUGUAGACCAGGGUGUGUAGGUGCUGUUAGACCACAUGCUGGUGUGUGUAUGUGUAUGUGUGUUUGACCAUGUCCUGGAGGAUCUGUUCUACUGGUGUGUAGGGGAUGUUAGGCUGUAUUCCAGUGUUUAAACAAGUUCUGGAAGGAUCUUUUCUACUGGUGUGUAGAGACUGGUGUUAGAACAAGUUCUGGAAGGAUUUAUUGUUUUACUGAAGUCAAGAAUAAUUAUGGAUGGUGAAGAGCUAGAAUAAUUAUGGAUGGUGAGGAGCUACAAAAGUUUGACCACAAUGGAAAACAGUUUGGUGCAACCAAGGUCUGAAGGAUUUAAUGUUUUGUGGUAGGCAGAGGAUUUUGUGGAUAGUGAAGAUCCUACUGGAGUUUGACCAUAAUGGACAACAGAUUGAUGUCUCACUGAUCCUUUCAGUUAGCUGGGAAGUGUUUACAGAAACAGUGUGGGAACAAUGUUUAGUUAAGAACAGAACUUGAUGGGUGAAUGAAUUAAAAAAGGUAGAUUACACUCGAACAAUAUUACCGUAAAGACAGAAAAAUUACACUUUUUAAUUAGAACAGCAUUUGAUGAACACACGGAAAAACAACAACAUUUUAACAUAAAGGUUGAGGCAUUAUAAUUAACACAUUCAUCUAUUUAACUAUGAAGAAUUCUUUAUUAAUGGAACUACUUUUAUGAGAAGAUGAUUGUCUGCGGAAAAACUUUUGGAGGAAUCUGUGAGGUAAAUGGGGGAAAACAAAUUCUUACGGAAUAUCGAUGAGGCAAAAUAUUUAAUAUUUGACUUGUCUUUUUAUAUAUGUGGAAAAUACUGUGGAAGAUACUGUGGCAAGGAAGCAGGUUUUAGACGAAGAGCACUUCAUGGAUAUGUGAAUUACAAAGUGUAGAAUAGAUCAAAAGGACAUCUCUUAAAGGGACACCUGCACUGGUUGAUUCAAAUUAGGUACACGAAAUAUCACUUUUGGUAUGCAGAAAUUAAAAACAUUAGAGAUACCUGUAAUAGUAAGCAUAAAUCACUCUAUUAAUAUUGUAGUGGACUCCUGGGGCUGUGGUUUCAUGUCCAAUACAUGUCCUACAGACUACACUGUUGCUAUGAAGGAUGCCUUUCUACUAAAGACAGUGAUAGAGAGAGAAUUAUUUUACUUCUUAUGUUCAAGUAUUCGUGAAAUACAGAUACAGCAUCAGUUGGACAUCUUUAAACAGGUUGGCAGCAUCUGUACAACCUGUCAACACCUUUAGGACUAUGCUAUAGGUUUUACAGCUGUUCUGUAAAGAAGUCCAAAGUUGGAAUCUGGUAGCCCAGGUGUCCCUUUUAUAUCUCAUGGUGGAGCCAAAAGUCUUAUAUUAAAGGUAUACAGCACACCACUGGCCUGGAAAGCUCUGUGCAAGACGUCGUAUACAGCACACCACUGGCCUGGAAAGCUCUGUGCAAGACGUCGUAUACAGCACACCACUGGCCUGGAAAGCUCUGUGCAAGACGUAUACUGCACACCACUGGCCUGGAAAGCUCUGUGGAAGACGUCUUUAAGAUGGUCAAGAAGGAUCCACGGAUGCAGCAUUUGUUUGUGAGGUGUUCUGUGCCAGAGAUAAAAAGGAAUGACUUUUAUUGAUACGUGUGUAACCAAAGGUGCUUACAGAUAUUCCGCCGCAGUAAUCUACCUCGUACACAAAUCUAUGCUUGUCAAAUCAGUGUGAAAAACUUUACAAUUUUUUUUUUUUUUUUUUUUUUUUUUUUGGGGUAUUGAACGCUAUAUAAAGAGUAUGACCAUUUCAACCUGAAGGUUCAGUAACCUCGGAAAUUAGUUUUGUAAAAUGAUCACAGUGAGAUGGUCAAAUGCAUUUUGUUGACUGCAGUCCAAAAACGAACAGUGGAUUCAGAUAACAUCAGAAAUGUGUUUUUUAAUUCCUUGUUGGUGAAACUGGGAAAACAAAUUGCCGCUCAUUGACAGCAGUUCACGGAGUAUGACAUUUGGCCUUUGGACUUGUUUAACUUCACAUGUGUUUUAACCGCGGCAUUAUAAUCAACACAUUCAUCUAUUCACGGUAACAGGGAACACUAAUUACGGUGUAUGCAGUUCAGAUAGUAUAACAGUUUGUGUCUGAGGGUUCAAAGUUCUUUGCAGAUUAGCUUUCUAGAAUUAUUCUACUCGGAUGCAGUCACAGAAGGUUAUGAGCUUGUGUUGUUUUUACAAGGUUUGAAGCCUUAUUAAAGUGAAACACAUCAUGGCCAGCUUUGGGUGAGGAAACAAAUUUGCCAAAUAGUUUAUUAAACUUCAAAAAUGGCAGAAAUCAACAGUUAUUUUCGAAAAAAAAUAAAAAAUCAAUUAUUAGAUAAAACGAUUUUGCCAAAUUAAAAUAAAAUUUGCCCACUGCUUUCAAAAUUUGCAAUUCGUGAAUUUGGCGACUACCAGUGAGUCAAGCUAGCCCAGCAUAUGAUGCACGGAAACAAUGUACAACCGAUGUACAUUGUAGCUUAGGAAGAAACGUGAACUAAUGAAAUAAGGCAAAGUGAAAUGAAAGAGAGUUGUACGUGACGCUCCUAUUCAUCUUUAACACCCAGGCUAAAUGGCCCUUGUGGUUUUGUAUUUGAUUGUCCCCAGUGAGUUGGCAAAACAAUCAAUUAGUGCUCAACAUUUAUUUCCUUAGUAUUAUCCUCACAUAGACGGCAAAGAGAAAGAGAGAGGACGUUACAUUUCCAGUGUCUGUUAAACGUAAAGACUUUCGGAGUCGAUUAAAGUAUGGUGGUGUCAUGUCUGCAAGAUACACCUUUUUAUGCUCAGCUUUGUAAAUUAAAAUGUUCAGUUUAUUGAAGAAGAAAAAUUACAUAUGUCAUUUCUUUGUGUUAAUAUUAUGAAGAUAACAAAACAUGGUGCCUAUAGAGUUUAUGUUUGUCACCAUUUACAUUGUAACAGUCUGUGUGUCAUAUUGGCUGUCCUGAGAGAAAAAAACUCCAGUUCUGCAAUUAAAAAAUCUGAGUUCAGUAUUCAUCAAGACAUUUUUGAAAUGUAGAUACUCAAGUGGUUUGUAAAAUGAGUUAUGUCAAAAUGAACCAAACUUUGAGGGUUUUUAAUUCUUCUUGUUUACUUGGUUUCUAUAAAAUAAUGAACUUUAGCUUCAUCAUGAUGGCCGAGCCAUGAAUACAGAUUACAACAUUUGCUUUAGUCACUGCUGUAUUUAAGAAUGUCAUACAGAGCUAUCAUCUGCUUUAGAGCCACUGUUUCAUUCUUUUCAUGUUUGCUAAUACAUGUAUAUGUGGAUUCCAUAGAUGGUGAUUUCAAAGUUGACAUAUUUCAUUGGUGUGAAGAGCAGAAUGCCAGACUUUUAAAGACUAUUUUCAACAUGAUGACAUCAUUCUUUGAGAUGUUUCAACAUGAUUCUUCCAAAUGUCAAAAUUACUUUGUGCAUUUAUUGUUAAAUAAUGUUCUUCUUCUUUGUACUAUGGAUGUGAAAAAAAUGUUUGUUUAAAAACUUUGGACAUGUUGUCCACCCAAUUUGCAAUAUGUGCCAAGAAUCUUUUUUCUUCUUUGUUUUUUUUUCGUUUUUUUCUUUUCGUUUUUUCUUUACUUUAGUUUUUCCCACCCACCACUUAGUGAAUGUUCUGAUUUAAAGGUGUUGAUGUAUUCCUGUGGAUGUUGAUCUAUUGUUGUAUAUGUUGUAUUUUACACAGAGCCAAUCAUAGUUACAGAUUUGGUUUCUCUGUGCAGUUAUUUGAAUUGUAAAACCUGUCGGAUUUACUAGUCUUGUAAAAUAUUCUAUUGCUGACUCGAAUGCAGUUGUGUGGUCAAAAACCAGAAAUGGUCUCACCAAACAAUUGGUGGGUUUUUUUAGCAUAACUACCAUAAUUUACUCUAUGUACAUGUUUCGUUAUCCAUGACUUAUUGAUGAAUAAAUAACUAAAUAUGUAUGCCGUUUUAGUGCAGAUUAUGAAAGUGAGCUCUAAAAUAUAUUGUAAUAUAAAGUUGUUGUUAAUCAUAAAAUAUUGGCCUCUAUAUAACAAGGACAAGCCUUUUAGCUUCUCGAGGUUUUACCAGUGCACCACGACUGGUAUAUCAAAGGCAGUGGUAUGUGCUGUCCUGUCUCUGGGAGGUGCAUAUAAAAGACCCCUUGUUGCUGAUAGGCAAGAGUAGUCUUUGGCAGCAGCAGGUUUCUUCUCUAGAAAAGCUUGUAGUUAUUACAGUGUUAGACACGUAUUGAAAAUUUGUAAAUUAAAAAAUAUGCUGGAGUGGUUUUACCCGCCCCCACCCCCUUUUUUUUUCAAACAGACUAAAAGAUUUAUGACGGAACUGCUAAUUACAUGUAGCAGUGUUUUAUCAUUUUUUGUUAAAGAUAGUAACAAUAACAAUAUUCCUAAAUAUAUUCACCCGAUCUUGUGCUUGCUAAUAUUUGAUAAUUGACAGUUAAAAACUGGCGUAUUUACCCAUGUUUUAAAGAUGUGCAAUACUGAUGAUACAUUAACACGGGACAAUCUGAGAUACCUUAAUGGUAGAUGUAAUUCUGAAAAAGCAGCCUAUGUCCAAAGUCUUUGAUAGGUUGUAGGAUAAAUCCUGAUCACCCACUUCCAUAGCCUCCUCUGAACCCACUGGGUUACAGGGAUUUCCUUUGUCAACCUGUGCCCUGUGUAUACUUGUAUAUCAUCUAUAGGUCUUGGGUGUUUCUCUUGUAAUAUACUCCACCCAGAUGGUUUAGUGGCUAAACCAUCGGCCUUAGUCUGGUGUGUACUGGAUUAGCACCUCGGUACCAGCUCCUGCCCAUAGUUUUUCAGGCUCAUGUGGAGGUGUAAGAUCCCCACAUUGACUUCUUUUUCUCUCUCUCUGAUCACCGACAACUAGCCAUUAACUCAUGUCCAAAGUAGACUGCCCAGAUAGCUGAGAUGAGUGCCCACGACAGUACCCUUGAAUCUUCUUUUGAUAUAGUCGCAAAAAUCUGGUUAUUUUAUAAUUUACAUUUCUAAAUAACCUGUACAGAAUAUCUAUGUCUGCACCAUACUGGUGCAUUGAGAUUUAGCAGCUUUUUGUGAGUAACUAUCGAUGUUGGUGGUUUGGUUAUAACAGAUGAAGAUUCUAGCUGAAAUGUGUCAUGUUUUUUGUACUUUGAUGAAAAAUACAGUCAUCUGCUAUUUUGCAGAGUUUGCCUCUCUCUUUUUUUUUUUUGGUCCAGAAUCAUUUCCAGUGUGUAUAUUGUCUGCAUCUUAAAGUUAAGAUUAUUGCAUCUGUUAACAUCGUUUUUCAGAAUCCAUUCUUUGCUAAUAAAGAGGAUAUUUAUCUGCAUAUAAUUCAAACUUUGUUCAAUGUUCUUCAAGAAAUGUAAUUUUUCAUUUCAUGAAGUAAAGUUGAUGAUAAAUGAAAAAUAUUCAAAUUGAAAUAUUGUGGAGGUUUUGGCGAUUUGAAGGGGAGCCUAUUUUACUUGAUAAUUUAACUAUGUUGAUUAAAGCGCUUUUAUGUCUGUUAAAGUUAAAACUGUUUCUUCUACUGUUGCAUUUCGAUUAUCGGCUUACCUUGUAUGUAUUUCGAUGUUGUGUACUGUUCAUAAUGUUAUCUAUGCACAAGUAUAAUUUUGUUCAUCUUUAAAAUAUUAUCUAUUAUAUAAUUAAUACACAAAUAUAUAACUGAACUACUAAUACUAUGUCUUGUGUUUGCAGAAUCUGUGUUUUUCAAAACGGUUGAAUGCUUGAGUAAGUUUUCAUAAAGUUGGUCAGUACCCGGUACCCACUUUCGUUUUGUUUAACCACUAAAAAUAGAUUAAUUCGUUAACUUUAGUUUUAUUUAUUUUAUGUCCAUCUUAAUUAUAAUUUUUCUCUUUAAAUGACUAUUAUCAUGAUUCUAACAAUGCUCAGAUUACUGUUUAAGCGUUAUUUGGAUAAAUAGAAUUGUUCUGUUAUCUCUAGUCACCCCAGAAUAAUGGUUUUUAAGUGAUAAUGUUGCGUUUUAGUAAUUAAUAAUAGUGUUUUUAUAAGGGUUUUUUUUUUUUGUGGGGGGUGGGGAUUAAUAUAGACCAAAAACUAAUAUAGAUUUAGUAAAUUUAGAUAUUUUAUUCUAUGAUUAAUUCUUGUAUGUCGUCAUUAAACAAAACCGACGUAAUAAAGUUUAAUUAUAUGUACAUACUAAAAACGAAGAAGAUGGGAAAUGAAUUAAGGCAACCACUGUAUGAAAUACGAGCACACACAGCGUCUUUGUCCUUACUUGUAAUAAUUAGUUACUCUGGGAUUUUUCUGUAAAACCUUGGUCAUAUUUAAAAGAUCAAUUUUGGAGAUCGUUGGCAAAUUAUGCUAAUGAUAUUUGUCAAUAAACAAGAUGAGGCAUUUUAGAAUUGUUACUGAUGAGGCAUUUUAGAAUUGUUACUGGAUGCAAUUUCCAGGUCUGUGAGAUUUAAAAAUUUGCAUCAACCAUUUUAUGGGUUAUGCGGGAACUAAUUCAGUUAACUCAUUUCUGUUUUUAUGUAACAUGUCAUGCCCAUGUCAAUGAUGUCCUAAAUGUAUUAAGAACACGAAAAAUGGGCUUCACAGCUUCACAAAAUUUAACUUGUGUCAUUGAUGCGCAAAUAAAACAAUUGUUUUCGCAAUCACAUUUUACAGACAUGCAGUCCGAUAUUAUUCAGAUCCACACAUCAGUGGUCAUUCGUUUAUCGCGAUAAUUCAUAGGCUUUAUAUUUGAAGAGAUCAUUUCCAAAAUGCGAUGUCCACCAAUUUCCAAAUUUCGGACGUAGCAGUUUAGGCAUACUGAUGUUGGUUUAACUCAAACAUUCGACAAUAAAGUUUCCACCAAAACACGAUCUAUGCUAAUUAAACAGUUUUAGAACUCUGCUUCAUGCAACCCCAAUUGUCCAUGGCAAUCAGCAAUGCCGUGGAGAUUGCCGUAGAGUUUCUAAUUCUCCAUGACACGUUUUUUUGACUUGGACUAUAAUCUUCUUCUUUUUCAAAUGGCAGAUUUUGGGUUUUUUUUUGCUGUGAACGUUUGCUUAUUUGCAGGGGUUGUUCAGGUCAUAUAAGCUAAAUUAAUGUGUCACAAGUUUUUCUCAAAAUGAUUAAAUGGGCAUGUCACGUUUUGGAAAUGAAUUCUUCAUUUGUUCACCUCGGUGCUCUAUAGUUUAAGAAUGUUGUGAACCGUUUGUUUGGUUCACGCCUCGCGUUAGUUGGACCAAACAUAAGGGGUAGAAUUUACAAAGCCUGUUUUAGACUUACACGCAUAUAAGUACAUGCAUUUACAAUGCUUAAACACCUGGGGCCCAAUUCACAAAGGUCUCUUAGGCUCUGCUAGACAACAAAGCAUCCUCUUUGCAAGUCUUUUAGCAUUGCACUACGAGAUUUUAAAGUUACGAGAGUAUAGUGAAUUAGGCCCCUGCCCUCAAGAAAAACAGGCUUCGUAAAUUUGGCCCAAGCUGUUCUCUUGCCAGUUUCCAUGUGCAAUAAUUACUCUUAGGGCUCAUAGAUAAGUUAUAGAUUGUGCCGAUGUUUUUGCUUACAUGCUUUUAUUAUGCAGUCCGUGCAAAACAAUUAUAAAGCCAAGACUACUGUUCCUUACCCGUACUUCUACCAGAGCCCCACUCCAUGAAGCAGUCAUAGCGGUAAGAUCACCUAAAUGCUUACGGUGAUCUUAGUGCUAAGAUCAGCUGAAGUGCUUUAGGUAGUUAUAGACUUAAGUUGAUCUUUGUACCAAGACUGCUUCGUGGAACAGGGCCCUGGAGCAAUAGUUAUGUCUUUGCAAAUAUUUGCAACCAGUAAAAUUUAUAAUUCGUUCUGAUCUCAGAUUUCUAAAUUUUGUUACUAGCUUUCAGUGGGGUGGGGCAGUGUAGAGAGGGGUGGGUUGAGUAUUAUUGGCAGCCUUUAAAAAAGAAAAGAAAAGAGGAAUGUUAUACAUAAUACAGUAAUAAUUGUGAUAAUAAAAAAAAAAGUUUAUGAAUACAUGUCCAUGUGGCUGGUUUGAAAGGAUGUGAAGACAAAUGUUGAAAAGCUUGACCACAUCAGAUAGCAUGAAAUAAUAGUAACAUGUAAGGUUAGCAUUAACUAAAUACUGUACUUGUAUACUGAUGGGAAGAAAUAAAGGAUCACACAGAUAGCAACAAGAAAUAAUGACUGCAUCAAAAAUCAAUUCAUAUUGUCCGAAGUUGACUGGGAACUUAUAGGCAGCACAUUCAACACUACAGACAUUCAAUCCCACAUUACAACUUGGUAUGAAAAACAGACAUUACUACUCUAGUUGUGAAUUAAAUUUGGUCUACAAAUUGAUGUGUUCCCUUAGUUCUUUCCAUCAGUGUAUUUCUAUUUAUCCAGAACCGAAUUACGAAAUGAUGAGGUUUAUGUGAAACCACAAUAGAUACAGGAGGCUUGUUACUGUACAGAUAUUAACCUAUUAUUCUCACUCCAGUAAUACUGAAAUUGUAACCUUGACAAUUUCAUAUAUUUAUACUGGUAUCUACAAUACAAAGGCAAAAAUGUAAGGGAAGGAAGGAAAUGUUUUAUUUAAUGACGCACUCAACACAUUUUAUUUAUGGUUAUAUGGCGUCGAACAUAUGGUUAAGGAAAAACGUAAGGGUGAAGUGAGUCAACUUUUUAAAGAUUAGAAUUUUAAAUUAUAUGUUAUAUUUAAGCUAACUUUUUGAUAAAUUAUUUAGAUUCUACUGAAGUUGAAGUUGUAAAUGUGGAUAAAUUGACUGUGUUGAACAUCACACUGUUCUGGUCUGCUGCUAAUGAAAACGAGAUUUGUUUAGAAACCAGAAAGGAAUUUAAAACAAUUUGUAUUAUAAUUGUUUGUUUUUUAAUGUUACCUCUAUAAUUUGUAUUUCUUUGUGUUUUUGUUAUCAUUAUGAUACGUCGUUUGUACAUCCUAACACUGGGACAUAAUUUAUUUGACCAAUAGUGCAUGAAACAACUGCUAUAUUCAUUGUAUUAAAACAUUUUUAUGAACA